AUGUACUCAAAUCGCAAGCGCAGAACUUCAGAUCAGCAUGUUCCAGGGACGGAUUAUUUUCUUCGAGCGGUGGGUCUGCUACAAGACUUAUAUGAGAACCCUUCAGUUGAGCAAGUCGAGGUCAUGAUUCUGUUUAGCUUCUAUGCGAAUGCCCUCGGUCGUGUUAAAUCGUCAUAUACAUACAGCGGUAUUGCACUUCGAAUAGCCUUAGGACUGGGGCUCCACCGAACCUUGCCGACCGAUAAUUUAUUGACCCCUAUUGAACGAGAGCAUCGAAAACGACUUUGGUGGACACUAUAUACUCUGGAUCGUUUAUGCAGCUCAAAUUUGGGGUUUCCGGUGCUUGCCAGCGACUCAGUAAUUGACGUUAAGCUACCCACGAACGAGGGUCUUGACGGUGCUGAGUUAGAGGAGUUUUCGGAUCCUGCUCAUCUAAUUGCAAAUGUGAAGUUAGCCAAAAUCACAGGCCAAAUAUGUAAGAGCUUUGGGUACCUCAACUUUAUCACAGCUGGCACUGACCUUGACUACGAACGCAAGAGACUUUCGUACAACGAGUCCAUCGAAUCCUACUCAGUCUUCGCAAAUGGGACGAAGAGCUGCCGCAAGCUCUACGCUUGA